UUACUCUUUAGUCUGCCUGUUUUGUGGCUGUUUGGUGGAAGUGGUAAGUGAUCCAGCACUUUUGCAGGACGUAUUGUUGGUACUUAGAAACUCAUCAACCAGGACAUGUGGUUUUUAUAACAGCGUGGCUUCCUGUUAGCGCUUUAAGAUCUCAGCAAAUAAAAACCAGCCCACACCGGUCCUCUUUAGAAACCACUUCCAUGUGUUUUAUUGUCGCCAUGUCGUUCAGCUCAAAUAUGUUUUGCUGCUGCUGUAAAGAAAACAAGUCAGUUUAGACAAAAUCUAGUAAAACAAGCUGCUUUAGGAACUACUGAUAUCCAAUAUCCCAAGCUUUAGACAUCUUUCGGAGAACUGUUCAAUCUUUCAUCUGAAAAUGGAGGAUAACUCAAACUCCUACCACAGAUAUUUAAUAUACCUAGACACAGAAAACAUGUGGAAAAGGGCCAAACGAGAACAAAAGUUAACUUUCUGACCUAUAAACAAAAGAUUAUGCAAAGAAAAACAAACCCUGCACAUCGAUCUGAACACCUGGGUGACACAUGGUGGUGGCAGUAUUAUGCUGAUGGGAAAAAUAUAGGGAAUCUUGUAAGAAAACAUGUUAGAAUAUUGAUGCAGAACAGAUUUAGUUUUUUAAUUGGAGAAAAAUGUUGAAAACCAUCAAUCGUAUUCAGUUCUUUUAACAAUUGUACAUUGCUUUGUGUUGGUAUAUCUGCUUACAUACGUUGACGUUUCUGUUUGUAACAUGUUAAUAUGUAUAAAAAGCUCCAGCAGUACAAAAACACAGUCGGAAUUCAUUUCAAAUGUUGGGAAAAAUUUAAGUUUUGACCCCUUUGGGAGCAAAUCCUGGUACAAUUUGUACUUUUUUUUUUUAGCUGCAUUUCUAAAUGUAAAUGAAUUCAACCUUAAUUAUACCAAAUACUUUUAUUGUAAAGUUGUGUUUACGCAUGGUGCAAGUACGUCACAAAUCUAUAUUAAAAAGAGAGAACACUGUUCUUUGUCAACAAGAGAAGUAAUGCUUUAUCUGAGGUAAAACCAUGCAUGUGUUUGGGCUGAAACAGGAAUGUGGGAGACAGAAGGUGAGUCUUACCCUGUGUUUCAGGCCCAUCAUUAUCUGAGAUACACAGCAUAUCUAGGACAACAGAGAAUAAACACCAACCCUGUCAUCCUGGAGAUUACGUUACUUGUUGAGCUGAGUUUCGGAAGAAGUCCCCUCUAAACGGAGCUCAACUCAAACAACUGGGUCAACUCUGUGGAGCAAGGAGAAGCUCCCUGAACAUCUGUACAGUUUAACUGCGCACAUGUUGGCUGAGGUCAGCUGGCCGCUCUUUGUAAUUCUCAUUCCUCGGAGGUGGAUCAUCGCAGCCGCGGGGCUGACUCAUGCCCGGCUGAGUUAAAACUGCUGCGGCGCCCGGGAACACAAAGAGUCUGCUGUGAGGCUCUGCUGAGCACUUCUCACUCCAUAAAGCGCCAGCUGUGGAUCCGCGGGACCGGACCUGUAGAUGAGAACCUGAUGAUGGACGGAUCAGGACUCCUGCUGCUGCUGCUCAGCCUCAGAGCUGCGCUGUGUGAGGUGGAGUGGACAGAGCUAAACGAAGCAGAGGCGUAUUUAAAGCAGUACGGCUACUUAAAUGACCCAGCUGAUCCACAGGACCCUUCUUACCUGGAGGAGGUCAUUGAAGGGCUGAGAGUCUUCCAGGGCGUGAAUGAGCUGCCCCCUACUGGAGAGUUAGAUGAAGCCACGCUUGGAGUGAUGAGGCAGCCCCGCUGCGGCUUGGAGGAUCCGUUCAACAAGAAGUUACACAAGUACAAAGUGAUGGGUCGUUGGAGGAAGAAGAGACUCACCUACCGCAUCCACAACUACACACCUGACAUGGUGAGGUCGGAGGUCAGGAAGGCCCUCCGCUCUGCCUUUAAGUACUGGAGCGAUGCGGCUGAUCUGACGUUCACAGAGAUCGACUUCGGCAGAGCAGACAUCAAGAUCUCCUUUCAUAAGAAAGAUGGCUCCUGCCCAGUCCCGUUUGACGGCCGGGGUCACGUGCUGGCGCAUGCUGAGUCACCAGAAUCUGGUGUCGUCCAUUUUGAUGAAGACGAGUUCUGGACGGAGGCGUCAUACUAUGGCACCAACCUGCGUAUCGUGGCUGCCCAUGAAAUAGGACACGCUCUGGGACUGGGUCACUCCCAGUUCAGGAGCGCUCUGAUGGCGCCGGUUUACGCUGGUUAUCGCAUCAACUUCAGGCUGCAUUCAGACGAUGUUAACGGCAUUCAGACACUUUACGGCAAACCCAUCAACACCAUAACGUCCAGUACACCGACCCUGGGCAGCCCGGUGGAGAGCAGCUCCAUACCAGACCCCUGCACUGCUGAUCUGGACGCCAUCAUGUUGGGACCAUGGGACAAAACCUUCGCCUUUAGUGGGGACUAUGUGUGGACUAUCUCUGAUAUGGGCCACAACAGUCCAAUAAAGAUCAACAGACUGUGGUGGGAACUCCCGGGAAGCCUGAACGCUGCUGUCCACUCACAGAGAACCAACAAGACCUACUUUUUUAAAGGCAGUAAAGUGUGGAGGUACACGAGGUUCAUGCUUGACUACGGCUACCCUAAACAGGUCAAAAACAUCCCUCCUAACAUCGACGCCGCCUUAUACCUGCAGAUUAACCAGAAGCUUGUGUUCAUAAAGGGAUCAGACCACUGGCAGUUUGAUGAGGUGAAACCCAAUUUUUCUUUCUACCCUAAGCCGCUUAGCAAGCUUAUUAGCGGGUUGCCGUCCUCUCCUGACGCAGCCUUCACCUGGAACAACGGAAAGAUCUUUUUCUUCAAGGGCGACAAUUACUGGAGAGUGAACGAGCAGCUGAAAGUGGACAGCUGGUACCCGCUGAGCAAGGCGAAGCGAUGGAUGAGAUGCUAGCGACCCACCACCAGGGGGCAACAGCAACCAGACGACGGGAUUCAGACUCCAAUCCCGAGGGCAUUGACUAAUGAAGAACCUCAACAUCAGUGAUUAAUUGUGAAUUGGUGAAAAAUAGUGAGAGACUGACUGACUUAACUUCACUGGAUUUUAUUACUUUCGAGCCCCUUCAGGCUGAUUUGUGGAGAGUAGAAAGUCUCCACAGGCUGAUGAAUUAUGUAAACUUCAGUAUAAUCUUGGAGAGAAAUCGAGGCCAUCUGUUUUGCUUUUUUCUUCCACAUAUGUGUUGGAUUAUCUGUUGCAACACUUUUGUUAAGAUGUUACAUUAUGGCUUUUUUCUUGCAUGUUGUGCAUGUUCUGGAUCAAUUUUAAUAUUUUUUUUAAGAGAAAAUGUGAGAUUUUAUAAAAUAAAGACAUUGUCAACAAUG